AUGGCGGUUGUUCAAAAUGAGACUGCUCAGCUAAUGCUGGUCUCCGACUUCCCUGAUCCCACCAGGAUGCACAUGGAUGCAUAUGUAAGCCAAUUUAUCUCGUAGUAUACAUGUCAACCUAUUUUAUACAAAAUCUGUGUCUGUCAUUACUACAUGUAUAAGCCUAGUCUAUAGCCCAUGUCAAUGAUACCGUACGUGUGUAAAUUGCUAAAUAUUUACAGGUCUAUAUGGCUGGCGCCGUGGUGUUCGCAGUCAUCCUAAUCACCCUGUUUGCCAUGAAUUACAUGUGGUGUGAAUGCUGUUGUGAGGGAUCAAGGAAGAUCCGAGCCCGAUGCAGGGUCUACGACUCCGAAUUUCACAACUCACUGGCUCUCAUGGACAGUGCCGUUGGACCCAUCAAGUCUGAUCUUUAA